CAGUCAACGCUCUGCUCUCAGUACUUCAGCAGGUCUAGCUGAUAUCACUGUGUUUCCCCGAUCAACAGUCGGAUUUUCCAUUUCUUUUGUUUGACUACAUCUGUUUUAAUAGACCUACCUAAGAUGGAUCAUGACCACGGCACGGAUGACACUACCAGCACGGAGAAAUCCUGUCCAAUGAUCAUGGUGUUCCAUGCUGGACACUGCGAACGGAUUUUGUGGCGCGGAUGGGUUGCUUCCACAGUGACAGAGUUCGUCCUUUCCGCCCUUGCCAUCUUCCUGGUGUCCUUUCUAUACGAAGCCCUUAAGUUCCUGCGCCAGCAACUGGCUCGCAGGGAAGCCCGAAAGGAGAUCGAGCGACUGGCAGCAGAGCAGCGCAGAAAGAACGAGGCUCCAGCAGCCGGAGGAUGCUGUUCGGAAACUCCACUGGCAGAGCCCAGAGAACAGAGCUAUUGGCAGCGUCUGUUUGCCUCUUCGCACAUCUUCCAAUCUUUGCUGAACCUCCUGCAGAUCGUCAUCUCCUACCUGCUGAUGCUUAUCUUUAUGACCUUCAACUACUGGCUGUGUCUGGCUGUGAUCCUAGGAUUGGGUCUGGGAUACUUCGUCUUCGGAUGGAACAAGAAGAAUCCCGAUGAGAGCGAGUGCUGUCCUUAGGUUCUGGAUAUCCAACUUGAUGAAUUUUAUAAUAUGCCAUUAUUAAGCCCUUAUCAGUUUUGGCUCACACAUCGAACUGUCCCGUCCCCAAGUAAUUACACAGAUUGUCUAAAAAUACAAUUUUAUUUGAUAGUUACACUUGGUUUAAUUGUAAUUGAUGUAAUCGUAGCAUAAAUUAGUCAACUAGUUUACUUAGUGAGCAUAUUGUACAAAUAGUAGUUAUGAGAACAAGAACCUAUACAACAAGUAUGUAUCUAAAUCGAUUAACGUACCACUCAAUACUUUCCAUUUUACAAUAAAGUUUUAUAUGUAAUUUA